ACACACAACACUUAUUUGCUGCGAUGAUGUCUCAUAUCCCAUAUGUACCGGCGUAUAUCUCAACAUAUGUGUUUGUGAAUCAUUUGAAGCAGUUGUAAACAAACGUCCGGUUAUAUCUAGUGUAAUUUUACAUAAUCAAUUUCAGGCGUCUGAAUCUCAUCGAUACUAUCUAGGUAUUAAUCAUAGAUGAAAUAAAACAAAUACGAGUCGCAGUGUAUAGUGAUCUGUAUUUGAACAGCGAUAAAUGGGAAACUGUUUACAUUUGAUCGUUUCCUCAGUUCAGUGUGUUUCGUACGAUACGUGUGAUUUAUUUACGUUUGUUCCACAUUGGUAAUAAAUUUACCCGAAAUCAAAUGAAUGUGGCUGUACUCAUACGAACGGAUAGUAAACUUUGUUCAUGUGUUUGUUCUGUCUCGUGUGAAAAUGGUUAUUCUCCCAUACUAAUGCCGUCAAACGUCAAAGUCGAACUCCGAUAAAUUUCGGGCGUUUUGGAGGAAAUUAUCUUCAAUUGCAUCUUACGUACGAGUAUCAACAUAAACUAAAAAUGAACGGGUGAAACAUAAUAGUUCAGCUGUCAAUGUUUCGUCAAGAAAGCGGAGAAAUAAUGAUAGAAUUGCGACGACAGCAAAAACUAUUGCGGAUUUGGAAGCCGUUGGAGGAAGAAUUGACACGAUUUAUCAAUAUAUACUAGUGGAUGUAAUAGCGUGUACGGAUCGCUCACGCCAAACACGGAACUUAAUAUAAGCACCAGCUUAACACACUCAAGCUAAUUCGGCAAAAAACAGAACAGAAGAUGGGGGCGAGUGAAACUCCCGGAAGUGGAAACGAUGGAGUUACCCACUUGAUGAAAUUAGGCAGUGCCUUAUUCUACGGACUAGCGUCGUUCCUAAUUACAGUCAUAAACAAGACCGUUCUUACUUCGUACAGAUUUCCGUCGUUUUUGGUACUUAGCCUUGGCCAGCUUGCUGCAAGUGUUAUCGUUUUGUGGUUUGGAAAACAAUCAGGGAUAGUGACAUUUCCUGAUUUCACCCGGGACAUCCCCAGAAGGAUCUUCCCAUUGCCAUUGAUAUAUUUGGGAAAUAUGAUGUUUGGUCUUGGUGGAACACAAGCGCUCAGUCUACCGAUGUUUGCUGCACUUCGAAGGUUUUCCAUACUGAUGACUAUGAUAUUGGAGCUUCGGAUACUCGGCGUUCGACCCACCACUGCGGUCCAAGUUAGUGUGUAUGCCAUGGUUGGAGGGGCACUGCUAGCCGCGAGUGAUGACCUUAGUUUUAAUUUACAAGGUUACAUGUUUGUAAUGAUUACAAACACCUUGACUGCGGCGAAUGGUGUAUACAUGAAGAAAAAGCUAGACACUGCCGAUAUGGGCAAAUUCGGCUUAAUGUAUUAUAACUCCCUUUUUAUGUUUUUUCCUGCAUUGAUCGGAACCUGGCUAUGCGGUGACCUAGACAAGGCAUGGCAGUUUGAAGCCUGGGAUGAUCUAUUCUUCGCUGUUCAAUUUCUUCUAUCCUGCGUGAUGGGAUUUAUCCUGUCUUACAGUACAAUUUUGUGUACUCAAUACAAUUCAGCACUCACCACAACUAUCGUUGGUUGCUUAAAAAAUAUCAGCGUGACCUACAUUGGCAUGUUUAUCGGAGGCGACUACGUAUUUUCCUGGUUAAAUUCCAUCGGAAUCAACAUCAGUGUGGCUGGAUCUCUGCUCUAUGCUUAUGUGACGUUCCGGAAAAAGAGCACCUCGUCGUCAUCCUCCUCUGGAUCCAGUAGUCAGUCUGCGGAUCGAAAAGUCCUGCUGCCUCAAGCGGGCAGAAUCGACAACUCAAAACAAAACUACGAGUACGAUUCAGCUGAAAUUUCGGCAGUAGCCGUUUACGAGAAUGUACUACAAUUCAUCAAUAACAUACUGAAAAUGUUAAGAAGCGUACGUUUGCCGAAAUACUGCAUUUCAUUCGGACGUGGUUUGAUUACAAUAUCGAGGAAUUCUGAAAAACCUACCAACGAAUCAGCAUCAGCUCAAGCCUCAUCUGAAGAUGGGUUCACUAAAGAUUUUCUGCAUAAUCACAUCAAGCUGACGGAUAUGCAGAAGGUGCUACUCGGAGUAGGUAGUGCAUUAGCAGCUCUAAUCGACCCUAGAAGACAUGACAUGAUUGCAUGUUUAGGAGAAACAACCGGUGUAUCAGCAUUGCAAGACAUCUGUAGACAAAUGCUGAAUUCGGAAGAAGGCCGCCAAAUUCUGAUGGAAAAACCGCGCGUUAAUACUCAGACUAUCAACCUAGAAGCAUUGAAGAAACUUCCGGAAGAUAGUUUUGGUUUUCACUACGUGAAAUUUCUCGAGAAACAUGAAAUAACACCAGAUUCGCGAAUGGCAGUUCGUUUUGUGGAAGAUCCGGAUCUCGCCUAUGUUAUGACACGUUAUCGAGAGGUUCAUGAUUUGGUGCAUACUGUUCUGGACAUGCCAACUAACAUGCUCGGUGAGGUAACCGUUAAGUGGGUGGAGGCGCUAAACACUGGACUACCCAUGUGUUACGGAGGAGCGAUUUUUGGGGCAUCUCGCCUACGACCAAUACAACGCCAGAACUACACGAAACAUUAUCUUCCCUGGGCGUUACGCAUAGGCCCCAAAAUACCAUCCCUCAUGUGCGUCUAUUGGGAGAAACGAUGGGAACAAAACAUAGAAGAUCUACGGAAGGAAUUAAACAUUCAAACAAUUAACAUAUAAUUUUUUUUGUACUCAAAUAAAUGAACAAUUUAUUCUUGAACUUUUGUACCGUGUAAAAAUUAGAACAAAUAUAUAUUUCA